UCUCAUGCAUUGAACUGACUCUCAAUCAGUUUCCUGCUGAACUUCGACUUAGUCGUGCUUAACAAAACUAGAGCCUUAGUAUUGUCUCGUUUAAAAUGUUGCAGCUCCUUUUAUAUCUAUACCUCAUUCCUCAGAUGAAUGGAUUCUUGGUGCUAGACGAUUCCGAUUCCAAUGAAACCGUGCACUUACAACCUCUCAUGGUUAGUCCGGAAAUGGACAGCGUGAAAAAUGGGAACCUGGGCGCCAUGAUCGACGCCCACCCUUCAUCAGCUCAUGCUCCGGAAACACCCCUGAGCAAGGAUGACUACGGGGAGCUGCGGAAAACCGGAAAACCCGUGGUCGACAAGAGCUUCUUCAUCAAACUCGUCCUCCACGAGCGGGUCCCUGUCGUCCUCAUCACCCGACCUCGCCGCUUCGGGAAAUCCGUCAACCUCUCCAUGCUCAGGCACUUCCUAGACUUCACGGAGAACUCCACCGCUCUUUUCCAGCCGGGAAGCGAGAUCGCCCGCAGCAAGAUCUUCUGCGUUAAUCUCCAAAACAGAUGGCCGGUGGUGCAUGUGGAUCUCACGGAUCGGGACUCGACGACUUUCGUGCAGGCUUUGAACCGCGUCAGAUCCACCAUGAGCAGACUCUACAAGGAUUUUACGUUUCUUCUGAAGGUCCUCGACCCGACGGAGACUCAGCAGUUCAACACAAUUCUUGCCGGUAACGGCACAGAGUCUGAAACGGCGUUCGCGAUCGUGGAUUUGAUGGAGAACCUGAAGGACCGUUGCAAGUCCAAGGUCAUGCUCCUGAUAGACGGCUACGAUAGUCCUCUCGUGCAGGCGUUCCAGUACGGGUACUACGACCAGAUGGCCUACUUCUUGAAGACCGCGUUGAACACGGCCUUUAGGGCCGAGGAGGUCAUGCAGAAGGCGGUCAUCAUGGGUAUGCUGCCAAUCGCAAAGGACAUCCUCAUGGAGGGCCUACAGCAGAAGUACGUGACGUACCCCUUUUCCAGCUACGACUCCUAUUUCGGGUACUUCGGGUUCCUGGAGAAUGAAGUUGAGGAUCUGAUCAGCCGUUACAAGUACUCGCCAAAGCUUUUCUCUGAGAUGAGCGAAAGAUAUCGAGGUUACUUCGGCGGUGAGGAAAUUCUGUACAACCCGUAUUCCGUCAUCCAUACCCUGGAGAAGAAGGGCUUGGUCAACGAUUACUGGAUUGCGACUGGGGUGACCGCCAAAGCUUUGAGUGACGUCUUCGAGACACGCGGGGUCAUACCAAUGAUCCAGACCAAACUGCUCUUGGAGGGUAUUCCUCUGCACUUCGUCUUCGAUUUCGAGUUGAGCAUGGCUGGCGCCAGGUACAGCCUCGACUCCUUUUGGACGCUGGUGGUCCACCACGGGUUCCUCGUUCUCGACCACGCGGAGAGCUCCGUCAAGGAAGGGAAGAUUAGUUACGGGUUGAAGGUGCCCAACGAGGAGGUGAAAACGGCUCUGCGGUCGGCCGUGGCGGGGUACUUCCAGAGGAGGCCUCUACCAAAAUACGAAGUGUUCGUCGAGAGUGUGAAGAACAGGAGUUACGCUCGGAUCCAGGAAUGCUUGCAGUCGUAUAUGAACGUCUCGGGGAGGUUUUUCAGGUUCGAUAAGCUGCAGGGAUUCGAGGAAUUCUUCAUGAAGUUGCUUGCUGGUUUAAGUAGAGACUACAAGUCCAUCUCGACGGAGUUGGACGGUGACACUCUCACGUUCAAACUGGGCGAGAGCGAGACGCUCGACGCAUUGGUUUUCUCUGUUAAUUAUAAAAGUAAGGACGAGAUCAAGGAGAGUUUGGCGAAGAAAAUUUUGGUCAAAGUUUGUCAUUUUGUGAGGCGGAAGAAAGUCCCUGAGAAGAUGGAGCUGUACUCGUGCCAUGGCUCGUACUUCAUGACGCUGGACGUGCAGAAAACGGAUGAAAAUGCUACAUGAGCGUGCGAACAAGAUCCAAUAACUUGAGACGAACAAUAAAUUGUAUCUUCAUAA